CGGCUGGUCCUCCCGCGAAAGUACCGAGCACCGCCUCCCUCCUCCUCCUCUCGUCGGCGCGGCGGCGAGGAUGCCCUGCUGCGGGGCAAGCGAUCCCGACGAGUCCGCCAGAGUCCCGUCCCAGCCGCAGCGUCAUGGCUCCCACGGGAGGAAGCCGUGGAGGUAUGUCCGGGUAGUCGUGCUACUUCUUCAUGUGUUCUUCAUUGGCGCCAUCUUGCUGCUCGAUCCCACCCUCCGGAGCCAAAUCCGUCAGGGCAACUGGUAUAUGAUGUUAUAUGGAGUGAUGGUGCUGCUUACCUUACUGCAGUACUUGUAUACAGCUAAAUCGUCUCCAGGGUAUGUGGCUGAUAUGUUGAGAGCUGGAUCAGGGAUGCAUGCAACCUUCGUCAAUACAGCGACUCUCUCAAAAAAAGACAGGCCACUACCAAAGGAUGGAAGAUUAAAUUCUGCCAUGAGUCGCAGCAAAAUAGAGGAACAAAACCAGCAAUCAGCUACGCCUUCGUUGCUUCUGCAAAUGAUGGAUCUAUAUCCUCCUGGAUCUAACAGCAGGGAUUUGACUUGCUCGUCCUGCCAUCUCAUUCAGCCACCACGCACCAAGCAUUGUCAUGAUUGUGAUAAAUGUGUUCUCAAAUUUGAUCAUCACUGUACAUGGCUUGGAACAUGCAUUGGCAAACGGAAUCAUUGUCGUUUUUGGUGGUACCUAUUUGAAGAAACAACUUUAAUUGUUUGGACUGUUGCUCUCUACAUUCAGUUCUUACAUUUAGACAUGAAGGAGUCCUGGUUGAAGGGUUUGACUGGUUUGAUAUUGUUGGUGCUGUUGAUAUUAAUCCUCGUAAUUUUGAUGAUCUUACUGAUGUUGCAUACUUACCUUGCUCUUACGAACCAAACAACGUAUGAAAUUGCCAGAAGGAGGCGAAUCACUUACCUGAGGGGAGUCCCUAGCAAGGUUUACCCGUUCAGCAACGGUAUCUGCAGGAACCUCUAUGACCUCUGCCUCUCUAGAGAGAAGGGAUAUGUCCUGGAAGCAGUGCCUCCAAUGGAAGAACUAGAAGCCCGAGCUAGACCGUACACAUGCCGAGAUGUAAUCUGCUGCCGGUGCUGUUAGUUUGUGCUAUAUGCGGAAUAGUGUCAUUAGUUUAUCAUUAGUUCAGGUUCAUGCAUAUAAUAAUAUGAUAGAGAUACUUGUGGUUCGCUAAUCAUGUAGAAUGUAGUGUAGGUUUUUUUCUCUCCUAGAGAAUGCAUCCGGGCUAAACAAUUACAUUAGAUUUAUCUGUAUCCAUCUGGAUUUGCGUUACACUCCUUGUAGCUUCAGAAAAUUUGAGAACUGCCAUAUAAAUUUGUGUCUGGGAGAAGCAGCUAUAAUGUUCAAAUGCACCCUUAAAA